UUCAAUGGUUGUGUUACAAAUCGUGAAGUACAGCACAUAGCCACUUGUAUCGUCCUGCACUGCAAAACCGAAAUUGUUCUACAAGAAAUAACCAAGAUAAUGGAAAGGCUCCACGUGCUGAGUCCGGAGGAACAAGUGAAGUGGCUGAAUUCCAAAGAGGAAGCGUGCUUAAGUGGCAUAUCGAACAAUUUGACCGCAACUCCAGGGGUCGGGCCGCUCUGCCCCCAAGUGUGGGACGGGAUCAUGUGCUGGCCGCCUACUCCAGCCGGGAAGACCCACGAGCAGGCGUGCGCCGAGUACUUCGCCGGCUUCGAUCACCAGGCGAACGCAUCGAAACUGUGUCUGUCGAGAGGGGAGUGGUUCAAAGACGAGAAAAAUACAACCUGGACGAACUACAGCCUCUGCUUCUCCUUCCCGACCAUCACUGUACCUGUGAACUUCAGCGAAGUCGACAGCAAUCCUCUCAUUUCGGGGUACUUCCCCGCCCUGAAGACAAUCGCCCAAGUGGGGUACGCCGUGUCGCUCAGCACGCUGGUCAUCGCGUUCUGCGUCCUGGCCUCCAUAAAGAAGCUGCGCUGUCCCCGCAACAUGCUGCAUCUUCACCUGUUCGUGUCCUUCAUAAUGCGCGCUUUCAUGGCUCUCCUGAAGGACGUUCUGUUCGUCGGGGGAGUCGGCUUGCGUAUGGACGUCGUAGAAAAGAACGGCUCGUCGUAUUUCUAUGACCAGGACAAUUUGCUGUGCAAGACAGUGACGACUGUAUGGCAAUAUUGCAUCAUGGCCAACUACUCCUGGAUCCUUAUGGAGGGACUGUACCUCCAUAAUCUCAUCUUCCUGGCUCUGUUCUCCGACACCAGCGCCAUCAAUUUGUACGUCCUGCUCGGCUGGGGGCUUCCAGCUUUGUUUGUGCUUCCGUGGGUUGUGGGACGCAUCUUCUUGGAGGACACGCUUUGUUGGACCACUAACACAAGCAAGCUACUAUUCCUCCUCAUCCGAGGGCCCACGACCUUUUCCAUACUUCUGAACUUCAUUCUGUUCGUGAACAUUGUCCGCGUGCUGCUCCUCAAGCUCAGAGCGUCCGUGUGUGAUGAAACCAGAACGUACAGGCGGUGGGCAAAGUCUACACUAGUGCUGGUCCCUCUGUUUGGAGUACACUACACGGUGUUCCUGGGGAUGAGCUACAGUAUCGGCGUGCAUCCAGGUGUUGAGAUAGCCUGGCUGUUCUGUGACCAGCUGUUUGCUUCGUUCCAGGGUUUCUUCGUUGCCAUCCUGUACUGCUUCCUGAAUGGUGAGGUCCAAGCUGAGCUUAAACGCCAGUGGUUACAUUCCGGUAACUUGCGAGGUGUUUGCUGCAGGCCACUGCGGCCUGGACGCUGUUACUCCACCACUGACUGCUCAUCCGUCAGCAUGGGUCCUGCCAGCGCCAGUGGUAGGAAGCUGCGUCAGAGUGGCAAACGCCUCUCUACGUCCUUUGUAGGCAUCAACCCCAAUUCACGUGACACCAGUGCCCCUAAUGCUUCCGAAGCAACAGCUGCCCUGGGAUUCAAUAGCAGGUGGUCACCAUUAGAAUGUAAGCUGCCUGAGUGCCACAUUGAGAUGGGAAACAUCAACACCCAUUAAAAAUCAACGCACAGACUGAUUGAAUUCCACUGCCAUGGCUUCAGUUGGCAAGUGAAAUUGUUUCUUUUGUAGUAAUAUUUCGUGUUAUAUUUCAGGCUACUGAAUUAGUCACAGAUUUGUAGCGUGUCCCUUUCAGGUGUCUGCAGUGCAAAGUUUACUUACUUUUAUUAGCUAAACCCGUUCCAUGUGACUUGAAACUAAUGUCGCCAGUUGGAUCAUGCAGUAAAGUGGUUAGUGUUUUUUAGUUGAAUUCCAGGAUAGAAUUUCAGUCACACCUUUUUAUUGAAUUUCUCAGUCUCUUUCCAUUGAAUGUAAUUUCCUCACUGUCCUUUCUUGUACCGAGUUCAAAAUCCUAAGUCGGCACAAAAUAAAUUCUAAAGUUGAUACAGUGUCAUCAAAUAAACUACAAAGUUAAUUACACACAUUUCUGAAAAUACUCACAUUAUCAAUAAGAAGUAGGUUACCACAUAUGAAUAUUGAAUUUUCCAGUCCUCUUUCUGCUGGAGAGAUUUCAAUGUGUCCAAAGUUCGUCUUUUCUUAUAUAAUUUUUUUUCCAUAUAUUAACUGUGUACAUAAUUUGAAAAAUAAAGUUCCAAGCCCACAUGUUUCUUAUCUUAAUAAAUAUAUGAUGAAAACAUGUAAAGAUAAAAUAAUAUUCCGUUCUUAAAUUUAGAAUGGGCAAAUCAUAAAAAUUUAAGCUUUCAAUUUCUGACUAUUUCUUUGUUUGUGGACUCAUGUGUCUAUUGGAAUAGCCAUAUAUAUAGUUCCAUGUAUUCGUUAAAGGAUGGAAGAAUGUUUAUGUUCAUGUUGCUAAAGAGUGUUAUGCCGUGUUGGCUGGAGAGGAAAGAAUUCAAGUUUCUGUCAUUAAUGUGGUAUUGAAUUCUUCAUUGAACAUUGAACAUUGAAAGCUCUUCUAUGAUCAAAUGUAAGAAUUGUUUAGUCAGUGUUUAUGUUAUGUGGAUUUGAUUCUCAGUUUCCUGACAAGUAUUUUGUGUGAAGAUUUCCGUCUUCUGGGUUGUUGCGCUGUGUAGUAUGACCUCUGAAACGUUGGUUAACAUCGACCAGACUACACGCCGCAACAACCCAGAAGACGGAAAUCUUCAUACUCACCGCUGUGAAAACCUGAAAUCCUACAAGUAUUUUGCAGUUUUUCUCAGGUCCUGUAAAUGUUUGGUGAGCCCCUUAAAACCAGUCCCUUCCGCAUCCUUCUGAGUAUCCUUAUAUUUAAGUGUGAAAUUUAGUGCUCAUCAUUAAAGAAAAAGAUACUUGAUAUAGUGAAUUAAAAAUAAAAAACCCAGCAGAAUUUUUCAAAAAGCUUCAUGAUGGAGUGUGAAGUGUUGGGUGCAGUUUAAUAAUUAUAACUUGCAAGCAUGAACAGGUUUUUUUUGUGGCUCUCGAUUUCACGAAGGCUGUUAAGAAUUCAUCUCCAAGUCAGGGGAAAUCUAAUAUAUUUAUCGUUGCGACAAUGAAGAGAAAGUCAGUAGUCAAGGAGUUAAAAAGCGGGAACAACAGGGCCUUUCAAUCUUAGUAUGAUCUUGUGGGUUACGAGUCUAAGGAAAGUCUUUCUAGCUGCAGAUGUUAUACAUAACAUGCAUUAAAGUCACUCCAUGAUUUAAGAACAAUAUUUUUUUUUAAAAAAAAAUUUAAUCCAUGUCCGAAAAUGGGAAUUGUUGUCAUCAUGUUACAUUGUCAAACAUCUGUGAUGAUUAAACUCGCAAUUUUUUUUUUUUUGUAAAUAUUAACGUUCUCUUGACAAAGUUCAAAUACAAAGAUGUGAGUUUAUAGAAACCAUUCUGUGGGCAUGAAAGACCUGUUUAUCUCAUAAUAGUGUAUGAACCAAACAUAUAUCAGUGUUGCUAGUAAUUUUAUUGUGAAACGCAAUUUAAUAUUCAUAAAUCAGAAACAAGGUUUUGUAAAUAAAUUUAUCUGUUAUACUUAUAUUGUGCUGAUUUUUUUUUUUAGUCUCUUAGGGAAAUGUACAUACACUGGUUUUUUUGUCAGCAUAUAUUAUGUGUGUAGGAGCUGGGAUAGCUCAGUCAGUAUAGUGACUAGCUAUGGGCUGGAUGACUGGGGUUCAAUCCCUGAUGAUGGCAGAGGGUUUUUACUCUGCGUCCAGACCGGCUCUAGAGCCCACCCAGCCUCCUAUCCGCUGGGUGCCGGGGUCAAGAAUGAGUAGGAGCAAUACCUCCUCUCCCCCCAAGCGCCUACAUGGCGUUUAGUGGGACAAAAUUUACUUUAUGUGUGUACUAUCCUGUAAGUGUAAUAAUUUUGAUGGAAGUCCAUACUUUGCUGGUUUAAUCCAUUUGUCUGGAUAUUUGUGAUCGCGGGAAUAAAAGUAUAAUUUUAAGAAAUGUGUGUUAUAUAAAUAUAUCUUAUUUGUAAGUA